AGUAAAAUAAGCAAAAAAAAAAUUGUGUUUGAUUUGUGAUUGUUUUUAUAUUAAUUUUCUUGUUGUUUCUAGUCUUCCUAAUUAAUCAUGUAGACUGAAAAAUGUGUGGUUUCAAAGUGUGUAGGAUUUGCCUACGAAAUGAUGGAAAGUUUUAUCAUUUACAAGCAUUUGACUUGCAUAAAUUCUAUGCAGAAGUAACAAACAAACCUCUGAAUAUCAAAGAUGGAUUACCGGAGUACCUGUGUUAUGAGUGCGCUGCGCUGCUGCACAAAUACCAUCGCUUCCGGGAGAAGUGCCAUCAAGGAGACAAAAUGUUUCAGAACAUGCUCAGGGGUGGUCCGCUCACAUAUGAAAUCUGUGAAAUAAACCGCAAAAUAAACCUCAAACUUCGACCCAAAUUCAUAACGUUAGAGAUUCUAAACAUCACUGACCGUGUUAAAACAUACACCUUUAAACACGAAAACCCUGCCAAUAUAAAAGUGGAAGUAAUCAAUGAGGAUUUCACCGAGGGCCCCUUCUCUGACGACGAAAUCUAUAACAAAGACCCAGAAAGUGAUCCUGUAGGGGAAGACGAUGCAUUUGAUCAUUUUGAAAACACUGCAAAUAGUGAUGAUGAAGAUAAAAAAGAUUUUAUUAUAUCAGAAAAUUCUAAUAACGUACUUCAAGUAGAUGAACCAGAAAUACCCAUUAUGGAAGAUAGGAAAGCAAAAGUAACUUUGACUGUCGAAUCAGUAAAAGGAUUAGCCAAAACAGCCAAACCAAAAAAGAGAGCAAACACAAAACAAGCAAGAAAGCCCAGAAAAAACACUAAACAAACAAGUAAAAAGAUAAAAAUUGAUUCAGGAGAUGAAAGUGACGACAUAGAGCUGAGCAAAAUCAAAUCGAGUAAACCAACAGCUGUGAUGACACCUGCUACAAAAAAAACUUACAAAUUCAACAAACCUAUAAAAGGGGUGUAUGAAAAUAACUUUGAAUUUUUACAGAACACAGAAAACUGGAAGAGAUCACAAUUCAGUGACGAAGAGGCUAUGGAAGCAUUCAAUAACAGGGCAUUGGAAAAGAAAUACAUACAUGCACCAUUUAAAUGUUCUUUAUGUUUUAAGGGUUUUUCACAAAAGAGUAUGCUUGACAGGCAUAUCGCACACAGGCAUAAUGAGGCGGUGGGUCCAUGCGUCUGCCGGUUCUGCAAGAUGCGUUUCAAGUCCAACUACUUCGUGACUAAACACAUGCGACAACAUUACAACAAGUACGAGUGCCUGAGAUGCGGACUCGUUUGCGACUUGGAAAGUACAGCCUUGUUUCACGAAGAGUAUCACAGGAAUGUGAUAAGAAAGUGCCCGCAUUGUGAGAGAGAGUUCAAGCACAUGUCAUCAUUCUACUCGCACCUGCGCACACAUCGAAGCAAGCAUCUGUGCGCACUAUGCGGAGAAUCCUUCGUCAGCCAGCUGGGACUCCAUAUGCACAGGAAGGCUAAGCAUAGGGAGGUCACGCAGACAACCAACGUAGCCCCCGAAGGUGAUCGCAACUCGUGGUACUGUGGGGUGUGCAAGAUCAACUUCGAAUGCAAAACAGCAUACGAGAAACACCUGUCCCAUUCCGCAUUACACACUGAAGAAAACGAAAAACUAAGCGAAUAUGCAACAGAAAACAGGGAAAAGCAAGAUAAAAGAAUCACAGAAACUAAGGAACCUGAUCCAGAAUCCAAAGGCCUGAUUAACCGGAGAUCAAACGUCGAGAAGGAACUAUGUGCGGUCAGAAAAAGUGCCAAGACUCGUCUCUCUACGAGGAGCACUCUUAAGAAACCGACCACGUGUCAACAUUGCAAUGAAUCGUUCGAAAGCCACUCGUCGUGCCUACGUCACCAUUUAGCAGAACAUCGCGGGAAGCCUUUCUACGCUGAACGCGUCAUUUGCGAGAUUUGCGGCGCUUCUUUGGCGUUGGGCAGCGUGGCCGCACACUUGAACCAGCAUACUCGCAGUAAAAUGUACACGUGUGACACUUGCGGCCGGUCUUUCACUACCAGCAACAUGCUUAAGAACCAUCUAGUGACGCACACCGGCGAAAGGAACUUCCCUUGUACGCUCUGCGACAAGCGGUUCACUCAGAACGGCAGCCUCAGUCUCCACUACAGAACGUUCCAUCUCAAGCAACCUUACCCGAAGAGGAAUCGAAGAAAAAACAUCGUCAAGGAAGAAGAAUAAUUUUAUCUUACUGACAAGUUUAGUGUUAUCGUUAUUUAUUUAACUAGAAUAUGUGUACCAGUAAUAUUCAGAACUAAUAAUCCUAACACCC